CGAGGUGCGAGUAGAGCUGCGGUGGAGGAGAGAGCGGCUGCGGCGGCUCGGCCGGAGCCGCGGAAAAGUCACUUCUUUAACGUUUGAAAUGCGUGCUUUUUACUUAGAGAAGACGUGGCUCGGUUCAACACGAUUCACUUCGUGAAUACUGUCUUUGUGAACUGAAGUUGUGGUCUGAAUGAGGCGGAAUGGCCGCGGUGCCGCCAGGGCCUAACGGCGCGCUGCCCGCAUCCCCGGCCGAGAUUUGUCUCUUCCCCGGGGACGGGUGCACUCUGCCUGGGGACAGGGAGGCGCUCGAGUGGGAGCUGAAGGACGUGGUUAUAUCCGACACUGGCCAGGAAGAAGAGGUCGUUGGGCGCAAAGUGGAGCGAAAGAACAACCAGAUGUACCCGUUUUCGGAGGUUCACCCCCACUGUCAGGCUUUAGAGCGGCAGGUUAACGGCUUAAAUUGCAUCGGACACGCCGGGUUUCCCCACAGCAGCACCGAGCCGGGCAACCGCGAGGAGCCGAGACCGGCCAUGGAGCUCCGGGACAGCCGUGUAGGAUCUGCAGACAGCUACAGCGACAGGCUGUGCUUUCCUCGCCAUGAUAUGAACACGAACGGGGACAGCAGCAUUCACGGAAUGCUUACUUUAUCCAGAACUGAGACUUGUCAGAGUCACACGAGUGAUGUGUAUGGUAAAGAGGUCGGGGUGAGCGCAGCGGGUCGGCCCAGGCCUGAGGAAGGGGCCCAGUUGACAGGUCAGACUGUGGGUGAUGGACCACUGGAGCAGCUGUCAAGGUUAGACUUGAACCACUCGCCCUCCAGAGAAACGGGGCGAAGUCAGGAAAUUAAAUAUGUACGUUAUGAGUCUGAGCUUCAGAUGCCAGGCAUAAUGAGACUCAUAACCAAGGACCUGUCCGAGCCUUACUCCAUAUAUACUUACCGGUACUUUAUCCACAACUGGCCGCAGCUCUGCUUUCUGGCUAUGGUAGAAGAGGAGUGCGUUGGGGCUAUUGUGUGUAAGCUAGACAUGCACAAGAAGAUGUUCCGGCGUGGGUACAUCGCCAUGCUUGCUGUGGACUCCAAACAUCGUCGAAAAAGCAUAGGCACGAACCUUGUGAAGAAGGCCAUCUAUGCUAUGGUGGAGGGAGACUGUGAUGAGGUGGUGUUGGAAACGGAGAUCACUAACAAAUCCGCCCUGAAACUGUAUGAGAACUUGGGCUUUGUGAGAGACAAACGGCUCUUCAGAUAUUAUCUCAAUGGGGUGGACGCCUUGAGGCUCAAACUGUGGUUACGCUAAGCUCUGUCCAGUCUCUUUUACUUCAACAUGGUCCAGUCAAAACCGGACUCCACUAAUUCUGUAAGCCUUGGUGCAAAUACUCAAGGCCACAUUCAUUUGUCAUUGUUGGUCAAGCAACUGAAGAACUGUGUUUUAUAGAUCUCUGAUGGAGUCCAGGGACAUUAGUGAAGGGAAAAGAUGGUUAAAAGAACAUUAGUGUAGAGACUGAAGCCCUCUUGUAUGUUUGUUGAGUCCUCUGGGAGAGUGAGUUUGGGGAAAAAAAAAAGACUGAAUAUCAGUAGCUUAGCAGAGUGGAGGAGAGCCUGGGAAUACAAAAAGUUUAACGGAACAGCAGCUGGACUAAAGAAGUAACACAAGAAAGGAUUGAGUUCUUGACAUUUGUUGAGGUUUGUGUUUAACUUUGAACUGAGGCUUGGAGCAAGACCAUUUUGUUUCCUCAUCUGUGUCUAUACAGUGGCUUAGGGAUUUGAAUGCUGAGUGCAGGUUUGUUCUUUAUGUAGUCUGGUGUGGGUGCUUGCUUGCUGUGAGAGUUAGAGUAAUUUAGUGUGUGUGGUAGUAAUGUGCAUAUUGGUGAUGCUGAUGUGUGGUUUGUGUAUGCAUAGGUGUGAAUGUGUGGCCUGGCAAUCAAGCUUUCACUUAGGAUUGUUCAGCAUGUUCAGUCUGGCAUUAACACCAAUUGAGAGCCAUUUCUUCAGCCAUUUUUAGCCAUUAUGAUCUGAAGUUCUGAUGUUAUGAGUUACAGGGACAGUUCAGCUCAUGCAUGAACAAAUACAUGGACUGGAAAGCACAAAGACUAUAGCUGUCCACCUUGACACAGAUGCUGCUCUCGUGCAUAAAUAGUUCAGAGUUGGAGUGAUGCCAGACUGAAAAUAUGGAAAGGAGCUAGUUGAAAGCGCGGCUCCUGUCUGGCCAGGGUGGGUGUAGAUUCUGAGAAAUUCUGCUUGUAUGGAAUCUCCACUUUAAACAGUUGCUUUUUAUCCCUGCAAGAAUUUGUUUGGUUUUUAGGUCAGAGAUGGAAACAGUCUUGUGUAGUCAGCCUUCAGCAGAAUACAGAUAGGCCUCCUAAACAUAAACUAUUAUAAUUAACAUUUGAGGAACGUGAGCAUUUUUUGAUUGUUGUUUUUUCUAUAAGAUCUUUCUCUGUUUUCAUAAAACCUAACUAAAGAUGAUUUCAUGUGUAAUGUACAUAUGACUUUACUGCUUGGACAGCGAAAGCCUUCACACAGUAAGCAGUGAUUGAAAGAAUAAACUCAUAGUUCUUUGACUUCAGGAGGAAUUUACUUGAUUAAUAAUAAAAGUAGUCCUUGAGAAACUACUAGAUUUUUUUGCAGGACAGCUGUGUGAUAGCUAUUUUCUUAGGUCUUACAAAUGGUGUCUGUUCUAACUACUAAGUUUUAACAAAAAUUUGCAAAACUUUCUAAGACAUGGAAUACUGAUCAGAGGAUUGACUGACUCUUCAGAGUAGGGAUGCACCAGUUCCAUCAUCUUUACAGCCAAAUUGUCCUUUUCUGUCAGCCCUUUCUUUUACACGCCGUGUGUGCUAAAUGAACACAAACACUCUAGCAUGUUUCUAGUACUUUGUUAGCCAAAGUUGCAAUAUAAAUAACAUUAUUUUCUUAAACCUGCAUACUACAUUGUAAACAAUUAUGCACCUUUUAAAGUAAGAAACAUGUUAAAUUUUGAGUUAAUUGAACUUUUUUUAAUAUUAACAAAAUAAUAAUUUGCUUUACAUACUUUUUUUACAGGAUAGCAUUGAAAUACAGUGUGAGUGCACUUAUCUGGCUCACAUUAUUUACAUCAUGAAAUUGCAACACAGAUCAGCCUGAAUAAAAAAUAAUAAUCGCGUAUUUGGAGUAGAAAUCUGCCGAUUCCAAACGUCCACAAUUCCAAUCUUCCCCGAUUCCAAUUGUACAUCCCUGCUUCAGAGGAUUAACCAUAUUUUGACACAAAAAAGUCCACAUAACGAGCUGCGGAUAGCAUGUAAAAGGCUUUCUUGAUCUGAGACUGAUUCAAACUUUCACAUGCACCCAUUUUUGUCAUUCACUGGACCUCAGUCAAAGUAUGAAUGGAAGUUAGUUUAAGGAAUUUUGUGUCUUAUGCUAGCACUGAUUCCAAUUGGACAACAGUGUCCUUGUCUGACAGCAAGCUGAGCUUGUUAUGGUCUCAACUUGUUAAGUAUUAUCUUUUUUUUUUCCACCGGAAAGCCACACUUACAAGAUCUUGGAAAGAUUCUAAGGUUGUAAAUUGCAUUGUGUCUAAUUUAAAGUUUGUCUGAUGGCGGCUUAAUUUGGUACAUACUAAAAUACUAUUAGCAAUACUGCUUUUGACGAAGGGUAUGGGAAUACAGAAAUUCUGCGAACUUGCUACAUCAAACUCAUGUUGACAAAUCCUAAUAGUUUAGAACACAAUCAAAUCUAAAAAAAAAUUCCCCAGCCCAGAUUCUAUAAGGGAGAGGAAAUUGUGGCACAAUGCAGUUUUAAAGCAUUUAAUUGUGGCAUGCAAAAGUAUGCAUUUAUUCUGCCUUUUUUUGUUUUUGUUCCAGAGUAUAUGGAAAUAUGUUCUAUUGCACUUUGAUUCAAUGCUGCUGGUGUAUGUAUCUAUGUGCAUGUCUGUGUGAUUGUCUUUUGGAGUUUGUCUCCUGGAUGCUAGGUAAUGACACCUCACCGUGUGCUUGUGGAAGCAAUCAGAGUCCUAAAUGCUCUCCAGACUCAAAAAUGCAGUGCUACUAUUUGAAACAUGGGAGAAGAAGGAGUUAGGGGCCAGUCACUGUGCCAUAUUGUGAUGAGGGCAGGAGAGAGCGGAUGGACCUUUCCAUAUUCUUAAAUAGUUCUGCGUGUCUUUGUUUGUAUGUGGAUUAGUUGUCCGGUUAUUUUAACUCUUCUCACUGAGGAGGGGAAAAGAGUGAGUUAUGUGGAUUUUCUUUAUGAUCAUAAUACCAUCCUGAUGUGAAAGCUUGAGUUCUGCUGUCUGUGUGCUUCAACCAUUUGGACUCCAUCCUCAGGUGAAUUCAGCCCACAGUGCCCAACCUCAGAGAACACGAAAUAUUGAUGAUAGACUGUCUAUCAGGACUGUCCAUUGUCAGGAAGAGGACAUGAUUACAGACUGUGAAGCCUUUUGAACAAAAGAAAUCACCACAGGGGCCCAUACAACAUGUAAUAGCUCUUUGAUUUGUAUUUCCAAGUGAGUGUUUUGUCAUGGACAUUGAUUCAACUGCAUAUUUCUAUAAUGUUGAGGUCUAAGCCUACAAUUUUAAGGCAAACGGGACUUACUUGGAUUCCUUGGUGCUCUUGGUUUUUCCUUGGCAAGUGAAAAGAUCCUCCCUUCUGUCCUUCACCUACCCCAGAGCUUGACAAAGCAGUAUUAUUCCAGAAGGUGUAAGCGAUAUCUGACAGUAUGCCUGUGUGUUCCUCAACUUAAGGCCUGGUAGAGUUGGAGUAGAAGAGAGUGCUACUAUAUAUUCUUAAUGCAAAUGGUUGUCUAUGGAUGCAGAACUGUAUGGUUUCUCAUUCUGUAUUUUGUUUGUGAAGGGUUUAGGGACAAGUUUUGCAUGUCAUUUUAUUCUGCUUCUCCUGCCUCGUUUGAAUUUCAUUUUAAAACUAAAAAUGUCAAGAUCUUUUAUUUAAUGUGGAUAGAAAAAAACUCAGAAAUAAAUUAUUUGAUUUUUUCACUGA